AUGGCUACUCAACUCAUGAGCGACACCCUCCACGCUCUGCUUCGGCGAGCGUCAGAGGAUACUGACCCCGAUGAUGCCCCCGACUCGGGUUCGAAGGAGAUCACUAGCUCCUGGGCUUUGUUUAUUAUGAUCAUGCUCUUGAUGUUCGCCUUGUUCACAAGCUACAUCCUUCAGCAGAGGAAGAUCCAAGCCGUCCAUGAAACGGUCUUAUCAAUUUUUGCGGGCAUGUUCGUUGGUUUAAUCAUCCGCCUAACCUCUCAAUCGACCCUCCAAGACAGUGUCGCAUUCGACUACCAGUUCUUCUUUAACCUCCUCCUACCUCCCAUUAUUCUCGCCUCCGGAUAUGAACUCCAUCAAGCCAAUUUCUUCCGCCAUAUCGGCACUAUUCUCACCUUUGCGUUCGCCGGUACCUUUAUCUCCGCCAUGGUCCUCGGUCUCGUUCUCUACCUUUGGACGCGUAUCCCGCUGGACGGGUUAAAUAUCUCUUUCGUCGAGGCGAUUUCUGUUGGUGCGACCCUAUCCGCUACCGACCCGGUCACCAUUUUGGCCAUUUUCAACCUGUACAAGGUCGAGCCGAAGCUCUAUACGAUCAUUUUUGGAGAGUCCAUCCUUAACGAUGCUAUCGCCAUCGUGUUGUUUGAGACUGCACAGAAAUAUGCGGAUACCGACGCUGGCUCGUUGAGUUUCUUGAACUUUUUUGAAGCUAUUGGUCUCUUCGUGCUGGUUUUCUUUGGUAGCAUGGUGGUCGGUAUUAUUGUCGGUAUCGUUACUGCCCUGGGACUCAAGUAUACCCUGGUGCGCCGUAUGCCGAAGAUUGAAAGCUGCCUUAUUAUUCUCAUCUCCUAUGCUAGCUAUUUCUUCUCGAACGGUGUGCAUUUGUCUGGAAUUGUGUCACUCUUGUUCUGCGGGAUUACGUUGAAGCAUUACGCCUACUACAACAUGUCCCGCCGUACGCAGCUGACUACCAAGUACCUGUUUCAGGUCAUGGCGCAGCUGUCCGAGAACUUUAUUUUCAUUUACCUCGGGUUGGAUCUGUUUGUCGAGUCCAACCUACAAUUCAACCCGCUUUUCAUUAUGGUGUCAGUCAUUGGAAUUUGCGUUGCCCGCUACCUUGCUGUCUUCCCUCUUUCCAAGGCAAUCAACUGGUUCAUCCGAUACAAAGCUCGCCGUCGAGGCAUUGAAGUCGCAGAUGAACUGCCCUUCGCAUACCAGGCUAUGCUUUUCUGGGCUGGCCUGCGUGGUGCUGUUGGAGUUGCACUUGCGGCAGGUCUCUCAGGUGCCAAUGCGCCGACAUUGCGAGCCACCGUUUUGGUAGUUGUCGUGUUGACGGUGAUCAUUUUCGGCGGAACAACAGCCCGCAUGCUGGAAAUCUUGGGCAUUCGGACUGGCGUAGUCGAGGAGAUUGAUUCGGACGACGAGUUUGAUAUUGAGGUCGCCCACGGAGGUACCUACUACAAGCGCUCUGAUACUGCCUUUGGAUAUACGCCGCGACGCAGUGACUCAACUAUCCCCCUGGAUGGUGUCACCCCCAACCCCCAGCGAACCAGGAUGGGUGAACGAGGGGAUAGUUACUCCAGCGGCAACAAUCGUCGCCCCAGCCCACCACACGGCCAUACCAGAAUGUACUCGGCCGCGUACAGCACCAAAGAUACACAGACGCGCCGGGAUCGCUCGUCAACAGCAACCCUACUUAAUAGCGGUAACGCUGGCAGCGACGACGAGUUUGGUCUCCCGCCCAGCAGCAAAUCUCGUGCGGCCCCUGUCGCCCAUCCGGACGACUUCGAUCUCGAUCUCGAAGGCGUCUCUGAUGACGACCUCCCCCCCGCCGCACAGGCUACUUCGUCUCGUAUGCGACGAUCCCCAUCAUUUCCACCCUCAGGGCCGCAUACCCCAUCACUCAACGAGGCCUCCGCUAGCGUCUCCCCCGCACGGAGGCAAGAACAAUCCGGUCUCACUGCCCGUGACGCUAUCCGGGAUCUGUUCUCCGGUGGUGCGAAUGGCGACCAUGCGGCGUGGUUCCGCCAGAUUGAUGAGGACUAUAUUAAGCCGAAAUUGUUGCUUGAUCAGUCCAACCAUAAAGGACCCGGCGCGGUCUGA